UGCUUGAAUCACAGACGUAGCAACACAAGUUAUAAAUCGCGCUACAAAUAGAACACGAAACAAAAUUUAAAUAAUAAAAACUAUAAAAGGAAUAGUGUUAACUAUUUUUAAAUUUAAAAAAUAUAAAGCUUAACAAAUAAAAAUAACCUUUUAUUUUUAAUAAGUAAUAAAUUUUUUAAAAUAAAACUUAUUUUAUAAAAAUUAAAUAAAGUGUUCCAAAUUCAAAAUUUAUAUUAGUUUAGUACUUUAAAAAAUGUAUAGAAGCGUUUUAGUAGUUUCGUGUUUAUUAUCUCUAGUUGUAAGCGGAAGCGAAUUUAGUUGUUAUUUUAAUAAUGCGUGCCCUUUUCAAAUGUUCGGGUCAAAAACACCAUAUGAUACAGGCAGAGGCGAUUUAAGAGAUUUUAAGAAAUUGGAAGGUUGCGAAGCAGUUAGCCUGUGGUCGAUCCACCGGCACGGCAAUCGGAAUCCGGGCAGUUCAGUGACCGCGGCCGUCAAGGUCAUAGCUGGCUUGAAGGACCAGAUCGUGCAGGCCUUCGAUCAGGGGAGCAGCUUGUUGUGUGCUACGGACAUCGAUGAAUUUCGAAAAUGGACGUGGAACGAGACUUUAGAGACUACUCCGUCAUACCUCACCGGCGUUGGCUAUGAAGAACUCUACGGCAUCGGCUCCAGAAUCCGGGCCGCUUACCCUGAACUCCUGAAUGGGUCCACGGAAGACUAUUACUUCAGACCCACGAAUUACCAGCGGACAAUCACCAGUGCUAUGGGUUUUGUCCAUGGGUUGACUGAUGGAACAAGCUUGAAGGUAGCAAUUGAUGAGCCUCGGGAUGUGGACGAUGUCAUUCAACCAUAUGCAAAUUGCCAAAAAUAUCAAGAAACGGUCAGAGAUGCCCCUAUAUUGGAUAAAGUCGUUGCGGAGUUGGAAUCUUCCCCCGAUUAUGCUGCUAUCAGACACGCAGUACAGAAACGCCUGGGCAUCGCAUAUCAGAUCACUACAGAAGACGUAUUUUCCAUCUAUGAGCUGUGCCGGUUCUACCGAUCCUGGGAUGAGAAGAAGCAGUCGCCAUGGUGCUCUAUGUUCACUAAUGAAGAGCUGGUUAUACUUGACUACAGGGACGAUUUGAGGCAUUAUUAUCGGAAUGGCUACGGAUCUUGGGUGAACAGUCGUCUAGGAGAACAGCCUCUUAGAGACCUCUACCAGAAGCUAUCAGCAGCUACCCAGGGUCAGGGUCAAAAGAUAGUCUCGUACUUCUCCCACGAUGCCAUGAUGGAGAUGGUCUACUGCGCGUUGCAACUGUUCAAUGAUCGGGAACCACUCCGGGGAGAUAACAGGAAUCCUGAUAGACUUUGGAGGACAAGCUAUAUAGGAGCCAUGGCUAUUAAUAUGAUUACCGUUUUGAACAGGUGUCAAGAGUCGGGGACUGAAGCCUACAGAGUCCAGAUCUUCGUAGGCGAGAAGGUCACUGAACUUUGUCCCGUCGAGGGUUGCUCUUGGGAAGAAUUUGAACAUAUGUUUAAACAGUUCAAUGACACCAAUCUGAACUUCUGUGCCUUGGACUAUCCUGAACCGGAGGAUCCUAUGCCCUGCUGUUUACCUGACAGUGCUGCCGUCCAUAGUAUUAGCUGGGUUGUUUUAUUACUUUUGAUAGGGAUUUCUAGAUUCUGGUGACAUAUUUUAAAUAUACUAGUGAUAAAUGAGGUUUUAAUGAUUUGUAAAUUAAGUAUGUACGGUCACGAGCAUUAAUAAUUAUGUAUACACUUUGGUACCAUGUCACAUUAACUUUUUUGACAAAUUGAACUGUAAGUCUCACUAAAUGUCAAAUAUGUUAGUGUGACAGAGUCCUAAAGUGGGUACAUUAUAUUGCUCAUGACUGUACUGAUUUUUUUAUAUAAAUACAUGUGAAGUAGUACCUCGUACUGAACUACUUGCUUAUUGGGUACUUUACGUCAAAAUGGCCGGUCACUCGGCGUACGGUCACGAGCAUUAAUAUGUAUGUAUACACUUUGGUACCAUGUCACAUUAACUUUUUUGACAAAUUGAACUGCAAGUCUCACUAAAUGUCAAAUAUGUUAGUGCGACAGAGUCCUAAAGUGGGUACAUUGUAUUGCUCAUGACUGUACGUAUAGUUGAAACAGUUCUAGUGUAAUAGAUGUCAGGCCGGUUUAAAACCAUUUAAAUCAAACAGUUUAAAACGAAAAAAACCGUUUAUAACCGAAAUCAACCAUUUAUGACGGUUUAAAACGGCUGCUGUUCAUGACUAUGUUUAUCUUCAUUAUAACUACAUUUUCUUGAUUUUACUUAUAUAGAGAUAUAACGAAGUACCUAUAAACUGUGUAAAGAAUUUUUGAAUGUGUAAUUAGUAUACUGUUAUUGAUAAUAAUAUACUUAUCAUACUUACAUCGUUUUAAGUUUACGCGGUUAUUAUCAUAAUUAAGUCUCAUAUCCCCAUUUAAACGCGGGAAACACCCGUUAUUAUGUGCUUUAAAUAUACUUGACAUUGGAAGCAAAUGUCUGGUGAUACGCACUAAGCGGUACUAAUAGAGAAGCAAUAACUGGCCAUCAUUUCGAUUGGAACACUCUAGAUUUGAAUUCGCCGAGUGACCGGUCAUUCUGGUGCUAACAGAAUUUUGUGGGUAAUAUAUCACAUUAAGUACGCAAUUAUUGUGCAUAUGAACAAGUUCCUAGUUAUUUAAAUAAAAGCAUUGUUUUUUAUA